AUGGGGAAUGUCCCUAGAGUAAGAGCAAAGCGUUUAAGAAAGGGGAAGUGGCACUCUGUAUCACUUGCUUGUCUCUCUGAGCGCACAGCUAAAAUGAUGAUGGUCACUUGCCUGCUCUUCUUCAGCAUCUGGACCACUGCUCCAGCCUCUGUGCAGGUGACGAACAGAAAGGUCCAGUCAGUCCAGGCAGGAGGAAAUGUUACUUUUUCAUGCCGGUCAGUCACGAAAGAAGAUGUGAUACAGGUGACAUGGCAGAAGGAGAUGGACGGGACUGAAGACAACAUAGCAACUUACAGUACGAUAAAUGGCCAAAAAAUAGCCAAGGCCUACAUCAGCCAUGUGAGUUUUGCCCACAGCGAGUACCAAGCCUCAGCCAUCUCCCUUCAUGGAGUCACCCUCCAAGAUGAAGGAUGCUACAAGUGCAUUUUCAACACAUUUCCCUCGGGGGCUGUCACUGGCAGGAUGUGUCUCAAGGUUUAUGCCAUCUCGGACCCCAAACUGGAAACUAAGCUUAUACCCAAUCCAGACAAAGCUGAGGACUCUGAGAAAAUGGUGGGGAUGAGCUGCUCAGCAACAGGGAAACCAGCUCCAAAAAUAACCUGGCACCUCCCCAGCAUCCUGCAGCAGAAACCAAGGGAGUACCACAUAAAGUUCAGGAACCAGACCGUGACUGUCAUCAGCAAUUUUACCCACACCCACUCCAAAAUUCUUCAGGAGUACCCCAUCACCUGCAUGAUCCAACACCCUUCUCUAAAUUUGACCCUGGUCCUGCCCACAGACAGCCUGGAGCAGGGUCCAGACAGCAGCAUGGCACCAGCCAUGGCCACUGCCAUUGCACUGGGGAUCCUGGUCCCCCUGAUCUCCCUUCUCCUUCUCACCUGCCUCCUCUACCACUGCCUCAGGCACCUACGUGACCCAGAGAGAAACCCAGCCUGGCCCUGCUGGGUAGGUCUGCCUUUCCUCAGGAUGCUGCAAAAUUCACCCCCACAGGUCUUGGUGCUCAAUACCAUGACCUGGCUCUGCCCAGCCACACGAGGGCUGCCUGCACACUACCCAAGGCAGGCUGAAACUGGGCUGGAGAGGGACACAGGAAUGACCACCCAGCCAGACAGCUGGGAAGGUGAAACCUGA